GGCUCAGCCAGCUCUGGGGAGGGGAGCCGGGACGAGGGGAGGGCAGGAAGCGGGGGAAAGGGACACCCAAAAAGCCCCGUCGCCACCACCGCCACACACAAAAAGGGGGGCAGGAAGCCGGAGAGCCGACCGAGGCCUGCGCUGCACUGCCUAGCGGAGACGGCCGAGCCGGGGGAAGCGGGGAAGAGCGCGCCGAGGAGCCACCGGUGCUGCCCCUUCAGAGGCGGGUGGGGCGAUUCUCUUUGCCCCCAACCCUGAGGGCGCUCGCAGCCCAGCGAACCCGGAGGGAGGCGAGGCUCCAGGGGCCAGUUACUGACUGCAUCUCUGACGGCGAAAUCAGGGGAGGAAUUCUUUAAAAGGGGGGUGUCUCAUUAUAUAACCCCCCAAAAACCCAGUUUGGGUAGCAGCACCCUCUUCCUAUUUUUGGCACCCCCUUCACAAAACACCCCUCGAGUUGGACCCGUCACCCUGAGGGAAGGCGGAGAGGGUUGGGUGAGGCACCCUUGCCAGUAAAAGAAAAAAAGGGGGGUUGUCUUUUUGAGUUGGGGUGGGAGGAGGGGAAAGGGGGGUUGGCGUUUAUUGCCCCCCUCACACUGGUGGUAGCUGCGUGUCGUCCCUCCCCGCGAAAGAUUUCUCCCAAAGGGGGUGCGCGCGCCUUGAUUUACUGGUUGGCUUCGCCUUGCUAGAAAGCGACAGGCGCCCCUCUGGAUCUCGUGUCUUAGAUGGUGACAAAUCCGGGGAGGAGUGGGGAUCCGUAGGGGAAGGGUGGGUGGCGGGCGAGGAAAGGAGUAGAGAGGGAGGCUAGGGGUGAGUGAGGGUAGGCUCCUCUUCUUCUUUUAUUUGCUGCUGCUGCUGCUGCUCCCACUGCCCGCUUCUGCUGCGAAGAAGGAAGAGGAAGAGAGGCAGCGAAGGGAGGCGAGGGAAACACGAGCGAGGCACCAUUUGCUGCUGCUGCUGAUCCGCCGGCCUCAGCCAUGGAGAACGCGCACACGAAGACCGUGGAGGAAGUUCUGGCUUAUUUCAGUGUCAACGAGAGCACCGGGCUCAGCUUGGAGCAGGUCAAGAAGCUCAAGGAGAGAUGGGGCGCCAACGAGCUACCAGCUGAAGAAGGAAAAACUUUACUUGAGCUUGUGAUCGAACAGUUUGAAGAUUUAUUAGUUAGAAUUUUGUUGUUGGCAGCCUGUAUAUCAUUUGUGUUGGCCUGGUUUGAAGAAGGUGAAGAAACAAUCACAGCCUUUGUAGAGCCUUUUGUAAUCUUACUCAUAUUGGUAGCCAAUGCAAUUGUGGGUGUGUGGCAGGAAAGAAAUGCUGAAAAUGCCAUUGAAGCUCUUAAAGAAUAUGAACCUGAAAUGGGUAAAGUGUAUAGACAAGACAGAAAAAGUGUACAAAGGAUAAAAGCAAGAGACUUGGUCCCAGGUGAUAUCGUGGAAGUAGCUGUUGGCGACAAGGUUCCUGCUGACAUAAGAAUUACUUCUAUAAAAUCCACAACUCUGAGGGUAGACCAGUCAAUUCUCACAGGUGAAUCUGUGUCUGUAAUUAAGCACACGGACCCUGUGCCUGAUCCACGUGCAGUGAACCAAGACAAGAAGAACAUGCUCUUUUCUGGUACAAACAUUGCUGCAGGGAAAGCUAUGGGUGUGGUUGUGGCAACUGGCGUGAACACCGAAAUUGGUAAAAUUCGUGAUGAAAUGGUGGCUACUGAGCAGGAGAGGACCCCGCUUCAGCAGAAGCUGGACGAGUUUGGAGAGCAGCUGUCAAAGGUCAUCACCCUGAUAUGCAUUGCCGUGUGGAUAAUCAACAUUGGUCACUUCAAUGAUCCUGUCCAUGGUGGCUCCUGGAUUCGGGGUGCCAUCUACUAUUUCAAAAUCGCUGUGGCACUUGCUGUGGCUGCAAUCCCAGAGGGCCUGCCUGCUGUCAUUACCACUUGCUUGGCUCUGGGUACUCGCCGAAUGGCAAAGAAGAAUGCUAUUGUUCGAAGCCUGCCAUCUGUGGAAACCCUGGGCUGCACUUCCGUAAUCUGUUCAGACAAGACUGGAACUCUUACCACCAACCAGAUGUCAGUUUGCAGGAUGUUCGUUGUGGACCGAGUGGAAGGAGAUAGCUGUUCUCUGAAUGAAUUUACAGUGUCUGGCUCAACAUACGCUCCCGUAGGAGAAGUGCAUAAAGAUGAUAAACUGAUCAAAUGCUGUCAGUAUGAUGGCCUUAUAGAAUUGGCAACAAUCUGUGCCCUUUGCAAUGAUUCUUCUCUGGAUUUCAAUGAGGCUAAAGGAGUGUAUGAAAAGGUUGGCGAAGCCACAGAGACUGCCCUCACAUGUCUGGUGGAGAAGAUGAAUGUGUUUGACACAGAGUUGAAAGGACUGUCCAAAAUUGAACGGGCGAACGCUUGCAACUCGGUGAUAAAGCAACUCAUGAAGAAAGAGUUCACCCUUGAAUUCUCAAGGGAUAGAAAGUCCAUGUCGGUGUACUGCACUCCAAACAAGCCCAGCCGGACUGCUAUGAGCAAGAUGUUCGUUAAGGGUGCCCCCGAAGGAGUAAUUGACAGGUGUACACACAUCCGGGUUGGAAGCGCUAAAGUGCCAUUGACACCAGGAAUUAAGCAGAAGAUCAUGAGCGUCAUCCGAGAGUGGGGCUCAGGCCGAGAUACCCUGCGCUGCUUGGCUUUAGCAACACACGACAAUCCACUAAGAAGGGAAGACAUGAAAUUAGAGGAUUCUGCAAAUUUCAUUACUUACGAGACCAAUUUGACAUUUGUUGGCUGUGUGGGGAUGCUGGAUCCCCCACGAAUUGAAGUGGCAUCAUCCAUAAAGUUAUGCCGGCAAGCUGGUAUUCGUGUGAUUAUGAUAACAGGGGAUAACAAGGGGACAGCAGUGGCCAUCUGUCGUCGUAUUGGCAUCUUUGGAGAAGAAGAAGAUGUCACCACGAGAGCCUUUACAGGGCGUGAGUUUGAUGAACUUUCCCCAGCUGCCCAGAGGGACGCUUGCCUAAAUGCGCGCUGCUUUGCCCGUGUGGAGCCUUCCCAUAAGUCUAAGAUUGUUGAGUUUCUCCAGUCUUUUGAUGAGAUCACAGCUAUGACUGGAGAUGGUGUAAAUGAUGCCCCAGCACUGAAGAAAGCAGAGAUUGGCAUUGCUAUGGGGUCAGGCACUGCGGUGGCAAAGACAGCUUCAGAAAUGGUGCUGGCUGAUGACAACUUCUCGACCAUUGUAGCAGCUGUGGAAGAGGGACGUGCAAUCUACAAUAACAUGAAACAAUUCAUUCGCUACCUCAUCUCCUCCAAUGUUGGAGAGGUCGUUUGUAUCUUCCUGACUGCUGCCUUGGGUUUCCCUGAAGCUUUAAUUCCUGUGCAGCUGUUGUGGGUAAACCUUGUGACUGAUGGACUCCCUGCCACUGCUCUGGGAUUCAACCCCCCUGAUCUUGACAUCAUGGACAAACCACCUCGUAAUCCCAAAGAGCCCUUGAUCUCUGGGUGGCUCUUCUUCCGCUACUUGGCCAUUGGAUGCUAUGUUGGAGCUGCUACGGUGGGAGCUGCUGCUUGGUGGUUUAUUGCUGCUGAUGGUGGCCCAAGAAUUACCUACUACCAGCUGAGCCAUUUUCUGCAGUGCAAAGAGGACAAUCCAGAAUUUGAAGGUGUUGACUGUGUGGUCUUUGAGUCUCCAUACCCUAUGACAAUGGCACUUUCUGUCUUGGUUACUAUAGAGAUGUGUAAUGCACUCAACAGCCUGUCGGAGAACCAGUCCUUGUUGCGGAUGCCUCCUUGGGAGAACGUCUGGCUCCUGGGUUCCAUUUGCUUGUCCAUGUCUCUUCACUUCCUUAUCCUCUACGUGGAGCCACUGCCACUGAUCUUCCAGAUCACACCUCUGAAUCUGACCCAGUGGCUGAUGGUGUUGAAAAUCUCGCUGCCUGUCAUCCUGCUGGACGAGACACUUAAAUUUGUGGCCCGUAACUACCUAGAGCCUGGUAAAGAUAGUGUGCCGCCUGCCACCAAGCCACGCUCUUUGUCCGCAUGCACCGAAGGGAUUUCCUGGCCGUUUGUGUUCAUUACCCUACCCUUGGUUAUUUGGCUGUAUAGCACAGACACUAACUUUAGCGACAUGUUCUUGUCUUGACCUGAAGAGAUAACAGUUUGACAGAGAGAUGUUUAACUUAAAUCAGUUUUUUUAUUGUUUAAAGCAAUUGUCUUAUUCUGCUGAAUUUUCACAUGAACAUAUUUGCCGGUGUCUGAGGUUCCAUAUUCUAUGCCAGCCCUUCCCCAUCCCGGUGCCCUCCAGGUACCUGCUGUUACAACUCCCAUCAGCCACAGCCCAGCCCACCUGUGCUUGCUAGGACCAAUGGGAGUUGUAUCCCAGACAUCUGGGAGGGGCACCAAGUCAUGGAAGGGCUGAUCUAGAUGUUUUGGAUUUUUUCUUUUACUUCCCCUGACCCGACUUCAGUGGGGGAGUAGCAUUUCUCCCCACCCCCUUUUAUACACAUCUAGGGUGUCCAUUGACAUGUACAGAGAAAUUUAACACUAUUUUAUGCAAAUAUUUUUUGUAGAGGAGAAGCAUGUACAGUGUUCUGUUUAAUAGUCAACUCAUCCUUGUAAAAACAAACAAAAACAGUGCUUUGCGGGGGGAGUGCCAGUGGACACUAUAUUGAGCAAACUGUAAUUGGUAGCAGAUUUUAGGGAAUGAAUGUUCUUGUGUGUGUUUUCUUAAACUAAAAAGCAUGCAAUUGUUUAUGUCUUCUGCAUGGUCAUCUAAUCUUAAUUUGUCAUUCAGCUGGUUUUUUUCUGCACUGGGCAGAUGUAUACUGCUACCUCAGUAUCUACCCCCCAUUUUUGCCCUUUCCUAUAUUUUUAAAUAACAACUGAAUCUUGUUUACACCUGUAUUUGUAAGAGGUAUGCCUAUUUUGCUAGUGCAGAAAAUACCACUCCAGGGGCAACCUAUUACUGUUCUCCCCCGCAACCCCCCCAUCACAUGUAGAUUUUUUUUAAAAAAAAUAUUUAUUUAAAUAUCUUAUGUAUUUUUGCUGCAACAGCAUUUUCACCAGCAUUGCCCACUUUGGGAUGGUGGGGGAGAAGCAGGAAAGGUAAAAGGCUACCUGGAUAGACAUCAGGCAAAGCAAAAAAUAAAAAAAUAAACUUUUUUUUAAUUGAGAAAAUUUUGUUUCUCAUUUCAUUUAUACCUUGGAGGCUGCUCCAUUUUAAUUAGCAAAAUCCAUGCAUCAAUAUUUUUUGUGUUCUUCUUUUUUUUUAAGUGGGGGCAUUCAUAAUGAGACCUGGAAACAAAGGACUUGCGUUUGCACAGCUGGAGUUCUCACAGGGUCUUUUUUUUGGUUAGGUCUCUUAACUCUCAGUGCCACAUCUUGGGAUAUAGUCUGCUGGCCACAUCUUACCCUGAAGUGGCAAAGUAACAAAUUUGUGUGCGUGUGUGUGUUACGUCUCUGUGUGUUUUUGUAAAAUCUGUAAAUACCACAUGACCAAAUGAACAUAUUGUAUAGAACUAUUUUUAUUUUAAAUGUGGCACUAACCACCAUCAUUCUAUUGCGAUAAAUGUUACCGCAUGUUGUGUUUCCCCCCCCUCCAAAUUGAGUCCUGUAUCGACAAUGUGUAAGUUCAUUAACAGUCCUAACUGUGUGGUGUUUCUCUCCAAUGCCUUCCAACAUUCAUCGACUGAAGUGAGUAUCUCUCUUCCAUUUCACCAUUCCAGUGGUGAUGUGCUGUGUUAAAAAAAGAUAGCAUAUGCUGUAUACAUGUCAAAGAAUAAAUGCUAAUUUUCCCUUCA